AUGCCAACAGAAAAAGAAAUGAUACUCCAAGACCUAUUGGCGGUUACUCCCUCCAUAGUCAUUGCUAAACCUCGUCCAUAUAAUAAAACCCAAGACCUUAUAACUCAAAUUAAUUUGAUCUACAAUCAAAUUAUGGAAGCCAAGACUCGUAGUAACCCCACUGGCAUCUUGGUUCACGCCUACUACCUAGAAGAAAGACUCAGCACCAUAAGUCCUGCUGACAAG